GCCGCAGUCAGGACUUUCGAGCCCCAGACUAGAGCCAGCCGGUGACCGAGCGCUGUCUUGGUUGUCUUGUAGCCGCCUUGGCCCGCCGAUAACGAAUCCCGGGAGCGAGCGGUCCUAACAUUGAAAAAGCAGUCUGGCUCCCGAGGUCUACUCCCUGCACCCCAAGGUCCAGAUGGCGGCCAACGUGGGUGAUCAGCGGGCUGCAGACUGGUCUUCUCAGUACAGCAUGGUGGCUGGGACCAGCAGAGAAAAUGGCAUGGAAACUCCUAUGCAUGAGAACCCAGAGUGGGAAAAGGCCCGCCAGGCCCUGGCCAGCAUCAGCAAAGCAGGGGCUGCCAGCAGUUCCAAAGCCAGCAGCAGUGGGCCUGUGGCCAGUGCACAAUACGUCUCUCAGGCAGAAGCCUCAGCUUUGCAGCAGCAGCAGCAGCAGCAGCAGUACUACCAGUGGUACCAGCAGUACAACUAUGCCUAUCCGUACAGCUACUACUACCCCAUGAGCAUGUACCAGAGCUAUGGCUCCCCCUCCCAGUAUGGGAUGGCCAGCUCCUACGGCUCAGCUACAGCCCAGCAGCCAUCGGCUCCCCAGCACCAAGGGACUCUGAACCAGCCUCCAGUCCCUGGCAUGGAUGAGAGUAUGGCCUACCAGGCUUCCCCUCAGCAGCUACCUGCAGCCCAGCCCCCUCAGCCCUCAAACCCACAACAUGGGACACAUAGUCUAAGCAACGGCCCUCAGCCUGGAACAGCCCCAACCGCUCAGCAUAGUCAGGCAGGGGCUCCUACAGGGCAGGCAUAUGGGCCACACAGCUACAGCGAGCCUGCCAAACCUAAGAAGAGUCAGCAGUUAUGGACCCGCAUGAAACCAGCUCCCGGGACUGGAGGGCUAAAAUUUAACAUCCAGAAGCGGCCCUUUGCAGUCACCAACCAGAACUUCAGCUCUAAUUCAGAGGGUCAACACAGCAGCUUUGGUCCCCAGCCCAACUCCGAGAAAGCUCAGAACCACAGUGGGCCUUCUGGCCGGGGAAACCUGUCAGGGAAGCCGGAUGAUUGGCCUCAGGAUAUGAAGGAAUAUGUGGAAAGGUGCUUUACCGCCUGCGAGUCAGAAGAGGACAAGGACCGGACAGAGAAACUUCUCAAGGAGGUGCUACAGGCCCGACUCCAGGAUGGCUCUGCCUACACCAUUGACUGGAGCCGAGAGCCUCUGCCUGGACAAUCUUGGGCUUGGUCCCUUUCCUGCACCACAGUGGCUGAGUUGCCGGGGCUGACCAGGGAGCCUGUGGCUGAGAGCCCCAAGAAGAAGCGGUGGGAGGCCCCUAGCAGCCUUCACCCUUCCAGGGGGGCAGGCUCGGUGACCAGGGGCGGGGGUGCCCAAUCCCAGCGAGGGACACCUGGGGCUGGGGUUGCUGGCCGAGCUCGGGGUAGCAGCUUCACCAAGUUCGGCAACCGCAACGUCUUCAUGAAGGAUAACAGCUCUUCCUCCAGCACGGAUUCGAGAUCCCGCUCCUCAUCCAGGUCGCCUACCCGACACUUUCGGAGAAGUGACUCCCACUCAGACUCUGACAGCUCCUACUCAGGGAAUGAGUGCCACCCUGUAGGCCGCAGGAACCCACCCCCCAAGGGUCGGGGUGGUCGCGGGGCCCACAUGGAUCGAGGUCGCGGCAGGGCGCAGCGUGGAAAGAGACAUGACCUAGGUCCCACCAAACGCAGCCGCAAGAAGAUGGCAGCACUGGAGUGUGAAGACCCAGAGCGUGAGCUUAAGAAGCAAAAGAGGGCAGCCCGCUUCCAACAUGGGCAUUCACGUCGCCUGCGCCUCGAGCCUUUGGUGCUACAGAUGAGUAACCUGGAAAGCAGUGGAGCUGACCCUGACUGGCAGGAGCUGCAAAUUGUGGGCACCUGUCCUGACAUUACAAAGCACUAUCUGCGGCUCACCUGCGCCCCAGACCCAUCAACUGUGCGACCUGUGGCUGUUUUGAAGAAGUCUCUGUGCAUGGUCAAGUCCCACUGGAAGGAGAAGCAGGACUAUGCCUUUGCCUGUGAGCAGAUGAAGUCCAUUCGGCAGGAUCUGACAGUGCAAGGCAUCCGGACGGAGUUCACUGUGGAGGUGUAUGAGACCCAUGCCCGCAUUGCCUUGGAGAAGGGUGACCAUGAAGAAUUCAACCAGUGCCAAACACAGCUUAAGUCACUGUAUGCGGAAAACUUAGCAGGCAACGUGGGCGAGUUUACUGCAUACCGAAUCCUCUACUACAUCUUCACCAAGAACUCUGGAGACAUCACUACGGAACUGGCAUACCUCACGAGGGAGAUGAAGGCAGAUCCCUGCGUGUCCCAUGCAUUGGCACUGAGGGCAGCCUGGGCCCUGGGCAACUACCACCGCUUCUUCAGGCUCUAUUGCCAUGCACCUUGCAUGUCUGGCUACCUUGUGGACAAGUUUGCAGACCGGGAGCGCAAGGCCGCCCUCAAGGCCAUGAUCAAAACCUUCCGCCCUGCGCUGCCCGUCUCCUACCUGCAGGCCGAGUUGGCCUUCGAGGGCGAGGCCGCCUGCCGGGCCUUCCUAGAGCCCUUGGGCCUGUCCUACACGGGCCCGGACAACUCCAGCGUGGACUGCCGCCUCAGCCUGGCGCAGCUGCCAGCCUUCUGAGCACCCAUCGAGCAUGGGCGGGGGCAGGGCUGUGGCCCAGCGCCGCCUUUCAAAUUUUGUUUUUGAGCCAUGGACAUGGGUUGUAAAAAUUUGUGGGGAGUCGGCUCCAGGAAGAGCCAGCAUCCCUACCCCCGUUUCCCACCGGGGACCUGUACAGAGAUUUUUCUACGUUUUUAUUUUUUGUCUCAGAGGGGAUAAUUGGGAGUAUAUAGUGGAGCAGGGUGGGGUGGGGGCUACAGGUUCUGUGUCCACCUCUCACCUCCACUAAUGCUGUCUCAGUGUUUUUUCUCUCUCUCUCUCGAGCUCGUACUCCAGCACCUGACUCUGCGUGCUGGCCCAACCCAUGCUGGGGGGCCAGCAGAAAGAAGACAGGCUGUCCAGCCCGCACCCGCCUGCAGCGGGGCACCAGCCAGCCACACCCAUUGCCUCGUCUGCCUCGUCAUAGACUCUUGCUGCCCAGCCAUUGGGGGCCUCAGUGUUUGGGGUGAGGGAAGCCACUUAAAGACUGUGCCCCACCUUCAGCUCCUCACCCCAGAAACGCCAGCCAGCACCACCGACACAACCAGACCAGCGCCACACCGCACUGAGGACUCCAAGGCCUUCGCGGGACCAUGCCGGCCGGGCUGCCUCGUCUUAUUCAAGUUGUAUUAAGUUGUCUCCGUGUCCCUUCCUCCCUCUGCCCCAAUGUUUCUUCUGAUUUUUUUUCUUUCCCUCCCUCCUCUUCCUUUCCCUUCCUACUCCCUGGUUCAACACAGGUAAAAUGGUUACCCUCCCUUCUUUCCUCCCCUCUGCCUUCAUGGAUCACCAGCUCACGUCAUGUUUCCUUCUCUUUUCUCUGUGUGUGUGUUUAAGUUACUUUUCUUCCUUCUCCCCUUUUCUUUUUACCCCCCCCCCUUCUGCCAUGUAACUGGAGGAUGUGCUAUGAGGUUGCAAACAGCUGGACUGUCAGGCUGCUUUUUUUCCAGAUGCCUCCCUGCCUUCCCUCCCUACCUCUCCCCUCCCCUUCCUUCAUUCUCCUUGAGCAUUGAGUACAGUACAUUUUGGAAGCUUGAAACCAAAAUUAAAGAGAGAGAGAGCGAGAA